GUCCGUAGUUUCGCAUCGUUUACUGUUUAUGUUAUUUGACCGUUAAAAAUUGCUCAGUUUAUUUCUUCAUAAGCUUUGUUCUGAAAGUUAUGUUGUUUCAUUAAUUGGAUGAAAUCUGGAAAUUUGUAGUUUCCCUUGUCUUCAUUGGAAUACUGCAAUGACAUUUUUAGCUGUAAUGACCGCUGACGGUGGUAUUCCUUUACUUACCCGUCAGACUGGAGAAGACAUGAAAGCAAAGCUACCAUUUGCUUCUGUUGGAUCUCUAAACGGUGUGCAUAUGUUUUCACGUCUACGUGGUGCUGAACUGAAACAGUGUGUGACACCUGAAGAAAAAAUAGUUUGGAGAGUGUAUCGUGAACGAUUAGUGUUGAUUCUGAUCUCAAAGAAUGACGGUGGGAAUGACUAUCACAUUUUUAAUAUUAUGGACAAUAUUUUUGCUGCCAUGUUGAUGGUUGUUGGUAUGGAUUUAAUUUUGAAGCAAAAUGAAACUGUAAAGUUACAAAAAGCAUUAACUGCAUGUUACCCUUUGAUAGAUCAUAUACUUUGCCAAUCAGAUGAAGAAAAUUUUACCUUUGCUGAUUUAACUUGCAAAACUGACUGUUUUCUAGCUCCAGAUACACAAGCACUCCAGGAACAUUUAACUCGGUUUUUGGAAAUUGCUGAUAGCCUUUAUGGUUGCUUAUUGAUAAAAGGUAAAGUAGUUGUAGCUUCAAAAGAAUGGUGGACUCUUACAAUUCAAGAAAAAUUCUUGAUAUGUAAAUAUGUGAAUGUUUUGCCAAAAGUUUUAUCCAGGGAAGUUGUAAUAUUUUUACCAACAUCUUCACCACAGACUCCAAAUAGGUUGGUAGCAUUGCAUCUUCUUCGUGAUGUUGAAGUAUGUGUGCUGUGUUCCAAUGAACCAUCAUUAGCAACUUUAGAAGAAGAGGCUCCUAAUAUUUGGAAAAGCUGCUUUGAUGAUCUAAAAGUUGUUUCUAAUCUGCAUCCAAGAAAUUUUCCAGCGUCUAUAGAGCUUGACAAAAAUAUUCUUGGGCUUAUUUUGCUGAACACAGAAACAAAACAGGCUAUGUGUAGUGUUCAACCAUCUGAUGAAAAUACUGCAACAGAAUCAAGAACAGCACUUGUUAGUGAAUGGUGCAAAAGACAAUCAGCAUUAAGAAGCUUAUAUAAACUUUCUGUUGGAACAUAUUUUAAGAAUAUUGAUCCUAAAAUAGAGAAAACAAUUACUGCUGAUGAUACAAGUUCUUCAUUUGAUUGUGGAGAUUGCAAUUUUGGAGACUGUGAAGCAAAAGAAUACUGCAUUUAUACAACACUAGGAAAAGGUUAUGUGGUCAACUCCACAUCAUUUCAAAUUUUUGUUGUAUUUGAUAGCAACAUGCCAAAUUAUGCAACACGCCACAUAACACAUGAAACAUUGAAGUUACUCACAGAAAGUAAUUACUUUCCCCCACAAUAAUUCGAAGAAGAUGUAUAUAUGUAGGUGAUAAAAAUUGAUAAAUUUUUGUACAUUGAACUAAAUGAGCACAAAAACUACAUGAUUUGUACAGUUGAAGUUUUAUAUUAAACAUUAAAGCUAUUUUUUGUCUUUAAAAAGUUAAGUUUAAGUUCAAGAUUAUAAAACUUUUUUUAUUCAAAGCUCACUUUAAUAAUAAAAUUGUCAUGCAUUGCACAAUUGUGGCAGUGAGAGGCAAAGGGAUGUAAGUUGACUUCUUAGUUUUGAGAAAAACGCAUUUGAAGUUCAAAUCGCCGAUAGACUUUCAUUGAAUUUUUUUUUAAUGUAUAGCUGCACCUACCAGGGAUACUUGUUCUAUCCCUUCCCUCAAAACAGAGGAGAGGUUUUUCUACCAUUUGUAGAUUAUUUCAAAAUUUUUAAUUUUAAACUUACAACCCUUUGGUUCCCACUGUCUCAAUUAUUAUAUUUUAACUAAAAAUAACAGUGUGGCAUUGAAGUAACAAAUAUAGCUUAUUGCAAUAAAAUGAAAAACAUAUCAUUGCU